UCACUCACAUCCUAGUAGGCCAAAUAAAACGGCAGCCGUUUUAAAAUAUCAUUGUCAUAUUCUUCGCAGUCAAGCCGUUGUCUGUUCAAAAUUAUAGAAUUCUAGCAUUAUAUUUCCGAAUAAAUCCAGAUGAAUUACCUGAUUCAACGCGGAAAGCUGCGCCAGCAGGCGAUCAAUGUGCCGGAGGGUUUGCCGGAACUUCUGUCGGACAUUACGCGCGAGGUGUUACGAUGCCAGCCGAAGAAGGAGUGCCUCUGCCAGUUCAUCAUCGACUAUCUGCACUCGGUGAUCGUGACCAGGGAGAAGGCGCUGGUGGCCAAGUCCAUUUUGGACAGGGCUCUUCGGGAGGUGGACAGCAUAAUAUCGGAUCUGUGCGUCUGCGACUUGUCCAAGGAGAAGUCGGAGCUGAUGGGCCAGGUGCUGGAGGACUGUUUCCGCAACUUCCUCGAGAAGCGGCGCUGCGAGAUGCGGCGUGGCAAGCAGACCAUCAACUUCGAGGAUGUGGACAUCUUGGAGGAGCUGCUGCAGAAGUGCAAGUUCUCCGACCAGGAGCUGAUCCUGUCGCGUCCAGCCAUCGAGAGUGCCUACAAGCGAUUCGUGGACGCCUACAUGUCCGCCCAACGAGGUGCUGAUGGAACCGAGCUGCUCUACCAGUACUUCCGCGACCGGGAGCUGAAGCGCAUCAAUGAGGCGAUGCGCGAACAGGCGGCCAUCACCAUUCAGUCGGCUUGGCGGGGAUACUGGGUCCGUCUCCAGUUUCCCCAGGAAGUGUGCGUCUGCGUCUGCGCGGCGGAUAAGGAGGACGACGAGGAGGAGAGGCGCAGGCAAAUGGCAGCGAGCAUCCUUCAGCGCUUCUUCCGCAAGGUCAUGCUGCGCGUUGCCACCAAGCCCAUCGCAGAUCCCUGUGGGGAACCUACAGAGCCAACGGAAAUUACGCUUAGCUCUUCGCCGGAGACAGGGAAGAGUGAAGCGACUGUCCCGACGACAGCAGGUACAACUGCAGCAGGAACUCCAGGAACUGCGCCGGGAACUGCGCCGGGAACUGCUCCGGGAACUGCUCCAGGAACUGCACCGGGAACUGCACCAGGAACUGCUCCAGGAACUGCGCCGGGAACUGCGCCAGCAACUGCACCGGGAACUGCACCAGGAACUGCGCCAGCAACUGCUCCAGGAACUGCUCCAGGAACUGCACCGGGAACUGCGCCAGCAACUGCACCGGGAACUGCUCCGGCAACGGCCCGACCCUCGGAAACUGGUUUGGCAGAGCCGGAAACCCAAGCUGAGGAAGCUCAACCACAGGCUCCAGAAGCAGCGGUGGAAGAGGCACCAACUGCAGUCGCCGAUGAGGCUGCACCACCUCCCGUGGAAGAGGCUGCCCCGGCACCACCCGCCGAAGAGGCUGCACCGGCGGAGGAGGCCGCACCACCCGCUGAAGAAGCACCAGCCGAAGCAGCAGUCGAGUAGACGAAACAACACCAUCUUUAUUAGUUUUCCUCUUAGUUGUUAAAUUUAUUUUUCCUGCAAGUGAAUAAUAUAAUCUGAAGGGGAGUAGGCCUCAACCCCCUUACGAUUCCA